AUGGCUCCUUCUUCGGGCGGCCUCGACUGUGGGUUUUACCUGUACUUAAGGCGUUCUUGGAAGCUCAUGAAUUGGGCUUUGAGUGAUGACAUUUCUUUGCUGGGGAAAGAAAUGAAUGGGGAAGAGAAGAGCUGCUUCGGCAGCUGGGGGAAAGCAUCUGGCAAUGUCCGAGAUGCACAACCGUGGGUGGCUCAGCGACUGCAAACGCUGAGCGCUUUCAUUGUUCGAGCACGUGAUUUUCAGCUUCAGCUGUUCCAGAAGGACUUUGAUUUCUUGGCUCAGCGCGGUGUGCCGAGAACUAUAGUGUGGAGUGCAGUUGGGGCCUUUGGCUUGUGGCCAGGGGCUUCAGUGGGGGCCAGCUCAGAUGGCACCAGUGGGGGCAGCAACUAUGCUGCUGUGGCAGAUCCUUGCCAGUCGGGGAUUGGUAUUGCAUCUGCCGAGGAUGAUUCUCAGGUGCAGCUCUCGAUGAGUGAUUGUCGAGAGGAUGCCCUAGCUGAACCAGAACCGCCUAUAUCUCAGCUGUGCAUGUUCGAGGCUACUCUUUCAGAGGAGUUUCUUUACUAUGCACCGCAACUGCAAGCAUGUCAACCUGCGUGUGACCUGGACUCUGGUGCUGGGCUGCGCGGACCGUCGACUGCAACUCCUGAGUACUCUGAUUGUGUGAAUCAAGAAACGGAAAAGACCCGUGAAGGGGCAAAGAGCCUUAGAGGCCUAGCUAGUGACGAUUGUGAGUGUCAAGAAAUCAACAAGACCCGCGAAAGGGCAAAGAGCCUUAGUGGCCUAACUAGUGCUAAUUGUGAUGGUGAGUGCGAGCCUGACUGUAGGACGAAGAGCCUGUAUGGCCGUGUUCUUAGCGUACUGUGGGAGCUCAGCACUAUCAAGACCCGCGCAAGGGCAAAGAUUGAGUCGGAAGCUGGACCGUCGGUGCUAGCUAAGACUGAUAGAGGUAGACCUGGCUCCCCGGAGCCCCCCUGUCCUUCCUUCUUGCCGCGCUGUCGCCAUGGCCCCGACUUGCAGGAACCCGUGCUUCGAGGCGACCGUGGCUUCGUCGUCCCGGACAAGGACUAUGCCGAGUGCAGUGGUGGAUGCCUGCAGCAGGGUAAAGGCGAAGGUGCAGUGCAAGCCAAUGUUGUGCCCCAGGCCGUGCCUGUUGCCCCCGAUGGCAAGGGGAAGGCAAAAGGGAAGCACAAAAGCGCUGGAUCUGGUGAUGCAGCUCGCAAUGUUGACUCCGCCAAUCCUUCCGGGAAAGAUGCCUGGAAGCUUGUGGAGCGCAAGCCGAAAACUGAGGAACCAUUUGAGCUUCGUCAGCAGGAUUCGGAUGCGAACAUGCAAAACAGCGAGAAUUCGGAUAAGUCCAAGCAGUCAGAUGGCGAUGCAAAGCGCCAGUGCACCUCCAAGCGACCGGUCAACACGUUGGUGCAGUACAGACAGGCCUUGCAUAACCAUCUUGCCAAGCAUCACAACGGAGCUGGACUCCCUGGGCGAGUCACUCGCCCGAAGGUGUCAAAGGACCAUCGUGCCUCGCAUCACCCGGAGAUUCCUCCAGCUGAGUGGUCCGCCAUCAGUCGGGUUCAGCCCACGCCUUUCGCUCAACUGCCGGAGGACACCAGGCGAACUUUUGCGGAAGGAGUUCGCACUCGCAGGCUUGCCAAGACUGCACUCAAAGAGGUCCGAGCCCCAAGGUUCCCGGGCCUCCAGACCUUUGUGUGGCCUGUUGCGAAGUACCAACCUGGAGGCAAGGCCAAGCAUGCGAAGGAGCCUGGGGGCCCCCACAUCAAGCGCAUAUCACUUGAGCAUGGAUGGAAGUGCCUUGCCUGUGGUGUCCCAUCCAAGGAUCUCCCGACUGUCAAGCUCCAUGCCAAGGGGAAGUGUCGGCCUCUUCACAACGAGCAUGCGGUUCGCAAGCGGCGAAUUAAGCAUUUCCGCACCAUGCACCAGUGGGUUUUGUCAGCGAAGCUACCGUCUAAAGAGAAGACCACCCUCUGCACUGCAAUCGAUGCGGCUAUCGUUGCCGUCGAUCAUGAGGUUGACAUUAACAAGCAGUCAGCUCCAGGCUAUGUGGCUGAAUGGCGUAGGAAGGGUUACUCCGCAAUUUUGAGUCCGCUCGACGAGGAGGUGCACGCCCACAGUCGCAUCGCUGCUGGACUAGUGGAAGUCAAGCGUGCUGACCAUUUUGAGCAUGUUCUCGUUGUGGCGGUCUACGGCUUCCCAGGGGAUGAAGCCGCCACUGCUGUGUUGGUCCAGGACCUGCUGCGUGCCAUCCAUUGUUAUGGCGGUUGCUUUGUGGUUUUAGGCGACUUUAACACCACUCAAGAAGAAAAUGCGGUAGGAAAAUUCCUUCAGCAGGGACUCGUGCGAUCGCUGGACGAGGCGGGGGGGCGCCUGUUUGCUGACCUCCCCUUCGUGUCAUUGGAUGACAUUCCUUCGGUCACUUCCUGGGUCGCAGGCCUCACUGAGGAUUUCGCGCUUCAAGAAAAGAAGGCUGCGGUGCAACAGUGGCAAGAUCGUGUUUGUACCAAUGAGAAGCUCAGUACUCGUUGGAUUAAGCGCAAAGCGGAUGAGAAGUUGCAGCAAGAAGCUCAGGCCCCUGACCUUGCGAAGCAUGCUGGUGCUGUCCACCCCGCUGCAUUCUUGCGUGACCAAGCGGAAGUUUGGACAAAACAGUGGACUGCUCCGGAGAGGCACAUUGAUCUCGCUCGCGUCGAAGAGGCUUUCAGGUGCCUUCCUGAUGCGUCCACUCUAUCGACCGGAGUCAUCAGCCUUUCUGUUGAGACCCUUCGUGCUUCGGCUGCGGCCAUGCGCAACAAAGCGGCCGGGCCGGACCAGUGGACGGCGGAGCAACUGCUCCGUUUGCCCACCGCUUGGUGGGAGGCUUUUCUGCAGCUCUGGUUGUUUAUCCUCCAAAAUGGAAGUGUUCCUGAAUGCUGGCGUCGCGUGAUAGUCACUCUGGUGCGUAAACCUGCAGGGGGCACGCGUCCGCUGGGACUGUGCUCAAUCGCGUGGCGUGUUGGCACCCGUGCCAUAAAUCGCAGCCUGCGUGGUUGGGUCCAGUCGUGGGCCGAGCACGGUGCUCUGGGGGCCGCCCCUGCCAGAGGGGUGGGAGAUGCUCAUGCAAGACUUAUGCUCGCCAGGCGUGCUGGCGCCCGGCAUUUUUUGAAACAAGACCUCAGUCACUUUUUUGACUCAAUCCAUGUAGGCACUGCCGUUCACCUCUUGAAUAGGCUAGGUGCCCCUCCCGAACUUGGGCGUCUUCUCGUCUCCUUCUAUGGUGGCCAGCAGAGGCUUUUCAAACAUGAAAGGUACCUGCACGAUCAGUGGACCCCUGUGUCGAUCGGAUGCAUCCAGGGAUGUCCUCUCUCCCCGACAAUUGCACUGGCCUUCGGCCACUUAUGGUCUCGAUUCUGCGCCACCCCGGGCACCAACAACCUCAUCUUCAUAGAUGACCGGGUUCUGUGGCCCUUGCCUGGAAGCGCUCAGCCGGCUCGCCUGCUUGAUGCUGCUCUUGACAAAAGCACGGAGUUCGAUUCCAUCUUUGGGUUUAAGUGUCGCCCUUCCAAGUGUGCAGUCGCUCAGCCUCCAGGCGAGGAUGUGCUCACUGCUUUUGCCUCUGCUAAGGGUUACGAAGUUCAGCACACUCUUGAAAUCUUGGGGAUUGUCAUGCACUUGGAAGAAGAGUCCAACUCCCUCUUGCCCAUGCGUGGCAAGUCACAGCUGAUGGGAGCCAGAUUACUCGUCAAGAUGCUCAAGGCUGCACUCGACGAUUUUAUUUUGGCUGUGAUCAUAAAAAUGUUUUAA